AUGGGAUGUAUACAAGAUAAGAGUGGUUCCGUCAUCAAAACAAAUUAAUUACCUCCCAAUCUAGCUAAAGGAUAUACCUCAAAUUUGGAUACAUAAGAAAAUGAAAUCAAAAUUUUACUAAUGGCUUAGUCAUUUAAUCAAUACAAAGUGUAACAAUAGGUUAAACAGAAACGAAAUCCUAGUAUUACUGGCUAAACUAAAAUAAGUCUUGAUCAAGAUGAUGAUAAAAAUAAGUCAUUACCCCAGAAAACACUGAUAAAUCCUCAAUAUAACGAAACAGUUCAAAAUGCUCUAAGGAAAAUUAAACACAAAAAGACUCUCAGCAAGGAAAGUGGCUUGAAAAUGAAGAAGAAGCAGAUACUUGAGAUUAUGGAAAUCGAUUAGCAAGGCUAGAUAAAAGUUGACAAUAAUAAUUAAAUUCUUGCUGCAAUUCAGUAAAAAGCUGAGAAUAAAUCUAGAAAGGCUCAAGCCAAACUUAUAAGAUAGCUUAAAAAAGCAAAAGUGACAUUCAAUCAAAACAAAUUAUAAGUAGUGUAUGAGGAAGAGUCAGAAGAAGGAGAUCAUUCUAGUGAUGAGGAUAAUAUAACUUAAGAGAAAUUUGAAAAGUCUACUAUCUACUCGACAAAAGCUAGUUCAUUCAGCUGGGAUUAACCAGCUGCUGUAGAAAUAUUAAGAAUGGCUUUGCAGCUUCAAGUUAAUGAAAAAUAAGUUUCAAUUGAACAAUAUCAGCAAUUAUUUGGAAUGACAUUAUCUUAAUAGAAUGAAGUACCAGUAAUUCUGAGCAAACGAGAUAUCCAUAAAUCAUAGUCAAACGAGGAGGUUUGGAAUAUACCUGAUAACUAAAUAAAAAAAGCAAUCAAACUUAAGAAGUAAAUCUCUGAUGAUAGUUACAGCUCUGUUAGUGACAAAAUGAUUUGA